GCAGCAACGGCUGUUGCACGUGGAGCGGCUUCUGGAGAUUUCCAGCCGCUUGUUAUUCCCCCUGAAGGACAAUGUCUCUCCGCCUGAAUAGCGAAGUCUGCAUCCCUAUGAUCGGCCUGGGUACUUGGCAGUCCCCAAAAGGUCAAGUGGCUGAAGCAGUGAAGGAGGCCAUUUCUACAGGAUAUCGUCACAUUGAUGGAGCAUAUGUUUAUCAGAAUGAGAAGGAAGUGGGUGAAGGCAUACAUCAGAAAAUUAAGGAAGGAGUAGUAAAGCGUGAAGAUCUCUUCAUUGUCAGUAAGCUCUGGUGCACUUUUUCUGCAAAAGAUAAGGUGAAGGAGGCCUGUUGUAAAACUCUGUCUGACCUGAAUCUGGAAUAUUUGGACCUCUACCUUAUUCACUGGCCCAUGGGAUUCAAGGCUGGUGACGAGAAUUUUCCUUUGGAUGAGAAUGAGUUGAUAAUUCCAAGUGACACUGAUUUUCUUGACACUUGGGAGGCAAUGGAAGACUUAGUUGAUGAAAAAAUGGUUAAAGCUAUAGGAGUGUCCAACUUCAACAAAGAUCAGAUUGACCGGAUCUUGAAGAAACCAAGUUUGAAAUACAAACCUGCAGUCAACCAGAUUGAAUGCCACCCUUACCUGACUCAAGAAGAUCUGAUCUCCUAUUGCCAUUCAAACGGCAUUGUAGUGACUGCCUAUAGCCCACUGGGAUCUCCAGCUAGACCAUGGGCAAAAAAAGAUGACCCUGCACUUCUCCAGGAUCCUAAACUCAAGCGUAUAGCAUGUCACCAUGGUAAAUCAACAGCACAGGUCUUGAUCCGUUUCCAGAUUCAGAGAGGUCUGGUUACAAUUCCAAAGUCCGUUACCAAAGAACGUAUUCGGGAAAACUUUAAGGUUCUUGAUUUUAAGUUGAGUGAUGAGGAAAUGAAGACUAUCCUUUCCUUCAACAGGAACUGGAGAUGCUGCCCAAUGCAUUGGUGUAUUAAGCACAAGGACUACCCGUUCAAAUAAACUUUAAACCUGUACUUCAAUUGGGAUGUCCUGGUCACGUGUUUGAAAAUUUGUGGCUUCUCUUGUUUGUACACUUAAACAGCAGAAUUAAUUUUAAUGCUUCUAAGGGAUCUGAAAUCCUCUACUUUUUUAAAAUAAUAUACUAGCAUGAUUUACAUCUAUGAUGAACAAGAGAAAUGUUCCACCUCUGUAACUGCACUGUGAUAUAUUUUGGAAGCUACUUGUUCUUAUUAUGUCCGUAAUGCAAAUAAACAUUUGAGAGUAA